GAGCAUCAGCGUCGCUGGCAACUAAAAUCAUCAAUCCUCUCCUGAACCAUGACCGUGUAUAUUGUUAAUUUACUUACCACAGAAACUUCGAAAUACAUCCUCUGGCAUGUAUGUUGCAGUACGUAGUGGAGUGAAGUGAUUAAUUUGGAUUGUAAUGAGAACAAGUAGAUGUCUGUUAACCAUGGAUCCUGGUACUGAUGAGGAAUGGAUUGAACUAGAAAUACAACGGCAGCUUGAUGCAAUCAGUAUUUCUGACAAUGAACUGGUUCAGACUGACCGACUGCAAGAGGAUAUCUCUGAAGCUUCAAACAAGCUGAAUGGGAUUGAUGACUUGUCCUUGAAUGACUACAAUGAAGAUGACAACGUUCCAAAAAGUGUUAAGGAAUAUCUUGAUAAAGUCAUUCAUCGAGCAGAUGGAUUACAAAGAGAUUUGGAUGAAUGUGAACAUCUCUUAAGCCAAACUGCACAUGGUGAAGGCAAUGAUGAAUUUGACUACCAGUCUGAUGAGAUGAAAGAGAUUGCAUUUAUAGUAGGCGAGGACCCAGAAGAACUUCGAGAGAGGGUCCUUGCUGAAGUUGAAGAUGAAGAGCAGAUUGAAGCAGUUGGAUUUGAAGAAUCAACCAUGACACAUAUUCCUCAGCAAGGUAUACUGCAAAAUGAUUUUGAUCCUAUAAAAAAAGUAAGAGCUGCCCAAUUAGAGCAAGAAGCCUUGUUGCAACUACAACAAUUACAUCAUAAACUCAAACAGCGUGAUCUUGAUAUGAACAGAGAAAUUGAAGAACGGGUUCAACAAGACGAAAUAAGACAUAAAGCAAAGAACCUAAACAGAGAAAAAAAGCAAAAGCAACACAACGAUGAACUUCAUGAAAUGGAACUCAACAGACAGAUUGCUAAUGCCAGAGCAGAUGAAGAGUUGCUGUUAGAGGCCAAGGAAACCCAAGACAAUCUUGAGAAACAACAGGCUGAUAUUGAGGAGUUUGCUCGUAGGACAGAGGAGGAGAGAGAAGAGUUUGAGCAACAUCUUGCUACAGAAAUACAACGCCAACAAUUACAGAGAUUGCACGCUACUAUCAAGAUACAAGCGGCAUUCCGUUCCUACAGAGUGAGAACGAAGUAUCAGUUCCGGCUGAAUCGUUUAAGAGAGGAAAGGCUACAGCGAAAGCUUCAAAAUAGGCAGAUGGAAAUCAUAUCAUUGAGAAGAGCUGAAGAGCAGAAGAAGAAAAAAGAAAAAGCUGAAAAGAAACAAAAACAGGAUGAAAGGAGAAAAAUGGAAAAACUUCAAGAGGAAGAAAGAGACAGGAAAGAAAGAUUAGAACAAGAUAAACGAGAGCAAGAACAGAAAAGGCGGGUACUAUUGGAAAAGCAGAAGCUAGAAGAAGAACAGAAGCAAAAAGAGGAGGAUAGCAGACAGCAGCAAUAUCUACAUGACAGAACUCAAGAAAUUUUAUCAAAAAUUCAAAAGGAGAAAGCUAUUGUUACAAAGGAAGUUGUAUCAACCACGGUUGAUAACAAAACCCAUCCCCCAUUACAGGAAGUAUUUUUGACAUCAAAACAAACUACAGUGGAGCAAUCGCUCACUUCACGUACUAUUACUAGCAUACAGGAACAUCACAUAGUGACCAAUGAUAGCAUUUUGCAGCAGGAACACGCCACUACCACUGGUUCUUCAGAAGAUGCAAUAUUAUUGAUGCCAAAGAACAUUUCAAAUGAAAACCUUUCAAAGGUAUCGAGUAAUAAGCAAUCAGAUGACCAGCAGUUAUUACUUGAUUCAGUACAGCAAAAAGGUGAACCCACUGUGUUAAACCAGCCUGAAAUGACUGACAAUUAUCCACAUGAGAAGGAAGGACCAACUACGGCCAUGAAGCAACCUGAAAUGACUGACAAUUAUCCACAAGAGAAGGAAGGACCAACUACGGCCAUGAAGCAACCUGAAAUGACUGAUAAUUAUCCACAUGAGAAGGAAGGACCAACUACGGCCAUGAAGCAACCUGAAAUGACUGAUAAUUAUCCACAUGAGAAGGAAGGACCAACUACGGCCAUGAAGCAACCUGAAAUGACUGACAAUUAUCCACAAGAGAAGGAAGGACCAACUACGGCCAUGAAACAUUCUACAGCAGAUUCUGUAUUAUUCAAAGCUAGUCAUCUUCAAACAGCAACACCAUCCAGCCAGUAUGAUGUAACAGAAUCUGUGAAUCCUUCUUGUAACACAAUUGUAAAACAUCCUCAAACAGUGAGUGAUGCAAGUCAGAUAAAAAAUAGAGAUAUUAAAGAUAAUGGAUUGGUGAGCAGUGCAAGUCUUGACAUUCAACCUAGUAAGGUCAACACUUCUCAUAAUGAAAUUGUCCAGAGUGGAAAUGAAGACAGCCAAAGUAAUUCAUUGGAUAUAGAGUCAAGAUGGUCACAAUGGAAGCAGAAUUGUGUGUCUCACAGUUCUUUAAUGAGUUCAAUGAAGUAUGAUGAAGCAAGGAAGGUGUUGAGGAAGUCCCAUGGUUUGAAGAAGUUUCCUGAUCUUACUGUUGCACAGUUAUUGUCAUCCUCACAACCAAAGACGCCACUGGCACAGGUUACUACCAUCAUACUACAUGAUGUACCAGGCUGCUCUCUUACAUCCCUUGGUCAAUGUACUAAUCUACAGUGUCUAGAGAUGACUCAUUGUGGAGUUACACAUCUACAUGGUCUACAAGAACAUCAUCAUAUAGCCUAUAUUAAUCUAAAGCACAACAAAGUUGAGAAUGUAUGUUGCAGAGACAUGACUAAGCUGACUCAACUGCUUCUAGGAGACAAUCAACUAACAUCAGUUCAUGGAUUGGAAGGUUGUAAUCAACUCUACUAUGUACAAUUGUCACAUAACAGCAUCACUAGAACAGAUGGGUUGAAGUGUCUGUCAAGUUUAACUCAUUUAGAUCUUGGACAUAAUCAACUGGUUAGCAUCAAGGGACUUGGUAACUUAGUGUGUCUACAGGAUCUCAACCUCUCACAUAACCAUCUAUCAGCAGUGCAAGAACUUGAGACAUGCUGUUUGUUACAAAGGCUCAAUAUACAAAGUAACUGUCUCGUUGAGAUGCCACCAGUUGAUAAUCUUGUGUUACUUCGUGAGUUGCAGCUUAAUGAUAACAGCAUAAGCAGUGUAGCAAUAUUAUCAGAUGCUUGGUUGCCCCUACUACAACAUCUCCAUCUGGCUCAAAAUGGUCUAGUCAAUGUGGCUGAUGUGAAAUUUUGCUUGAUGUUGAAGACAUUGGACAUGAGUAACAACUGCAUAACCGACAUUGACACAGUUUUGAGUGGAUUGAAUCGUUGUAUCCAUCUAGAAGAUUUAUGUCUCGAGGGUAACCCAGUUACUCAAGACGAUCAGUACAGGGGGCAAGUGCUGAAGAGGCUACCAUGGUUACAGAUAUUGGAUACUGAAGUUAUUGCUGUGCAUUCACCACUGCAACCAUGUAGAAAUGCUUAUGAAAUAAUGUGUAGGUCACAACUACAAGCCCAAGACCAACUUCACACUUUAUACCAAAAGUCACAUGAUGGAGAUCUGUCAAGGAACCUGGUAGAGAGAUGUUCUAUCAUGUCGUCCUAUAUGGAAUGUAGUCUGACACAGGCUUUACAACAUCGUCGUAUGCAGGAGUCGGGUAAUAUGCUGGAUUCAAGGGAUGUUAUCUCAUCAUUUAAUGAAUGUGUAGCAGCAAAUACACCUUCAUCAGUCAAUGUUCAUCUGCAUCAAAGUGGAGUGACUCCAGUACAUCAGUCACCAGUUACUAACAAUGACCUAAUAUUAAGGGAUGACCAUCAUGAAACAGACACGCAACUACAACUCCAAAGGAAGGCUGCAGUAAGAAUUCAGUCAAGAUGGAGAGGUUUCAUUGUGAGACGAGAUAUUGACAAACAUACCACGCUACGGAUGGCAGCGUCACAUAUACAGGCAUUGUGGAGAGGUUACAGAGUGCGGAAGAGACUUGCUGUAGCAAGACAAGCUGCACGUUAUAAUGAGGAUGAGGAGGAUGACAUGUUAUAUGAUGAGAUAGACCCAAUGUCAUGGGACUUGGCCCAGGCUAAGAUGGACAUUGAGUGGUUGCCAUCAGAGAUGCCAUCUAUUCCAAGAAUUCAUCCACUGGUUCCUAAUACACAUAGUGUACCCAAGCUAGCUCCUGAACCACCCUCAGCUAGACAAGCAUGGUGUGCAUCACCAGAUACUAGACCUACACUAGUCAGCAAACCACCUAUCCCUCCAAUACACACUCUGAAUGAUACUCCAAGAUCCAACAAGAGUCACAAACAAGACCAGAUUACACAGGAAUGGGGUUUUAAAGAUUCUACUACAGCAGAAUUAAUGAUGAAACGAGCCAAGAAACUGACUAAAGGAGCUAAAAGUCAUAGGAAAAAAACAAAAGAUCCUUUGGAAAGAUAUCAAAUAAUGAAAAAAGGACAAGAGUCGUCAAGAGUUGUUGUGCCUCCCAAGAAGAGGAUUGAAAGACAAGAGUUCUUCCAAGCUCGGGACCAUGAACUCAGACAUAUUACUACAGAAGAGACACAAGACAAAGAACACAAGCAUGCAAGAACCUUUGAAUGGGUUCAUACAACUGCUGGAAUAAACAUUGAGAAUGGAAGACAAAGCAGCAGUGAACCAAACCUACCUGUAAUGAGUCCUGAUGUAUUACAAGGCAGGGUUCAACUUAUGGGAAGUCCUUUAUUGGAGUUACAAUCAGUUGAUGGAGCUAGUAGCAUCAGCAGUAUACCACACAGGCCAAGGAGUCACUCUCUAUCAUCACAACAAGGAUUUGAGCAAGUUCGUUUUCCGGCCAUCAAGACCAAUUCAGCUCCUAGUGGAAGAAGUCGAGGGCCAGUCAUUGAAGGUAACAACAGAAUACCUCAGAGGCGAACUAGUAGAAAUAAUACUACGGUUUAAAAUGUGCCGUGUGUUCACUAAUCAUGUAUGCUAAUCUCAAACAUACCUGAGAAAAUAAAAUUAGCUGUUGCAAACUGCUUACCAACCAAAAGGAUCCUAAAUAGUAUAAAUGCAAAAAAUAGUUAGUGGCCUGACGUUUCAUCAUCAUUUAGCGGUCGCAACCGAGAUUCCAAGCACAACAUCACGCCAGAGGUGUUUAUUGACCUUCAUGUUUGGAAGGUCCAACCCUAACACAUGUAGCUGAGUCUUCCUGAGGCUACAUGACAACACAACAAACAUAAACACACAUUCAUAAAUACCUCAGACAGUUUCGCUAUUCCUAUUGGUGGAGAGC